GUGGUGUGAGUCCGCUGACAGAAAGCAGAGAUCAGAUCAGAGAGGAAGGAUGAAGGAAACAUGUCUGCUCUGUCUGAUGUUUCUGCUUUACACCAAAUCAAACCAAAUUGGUGUGACUGUGAGUCCCAGCAGAUCUCAGUUCUUUAAAGGAGAAUCAGUGAUUCUGAACUGUGAGGACGACAGCUCUGCAGGAUGGACUCUGAGGAGGAACACCUCAGGAGGAACCAGGACUCAGUGUGGAUCUGAGUGGGGAUCAGGAGAUGGUUUGUCCUGUGAGAUUGAUUACCUGGUUCCAUCAGACAGUGGAGUGUACUGGUGUGAGUCCAGAGGGGGAGGAGCCAGCAGCAUGCUGGUUAACAUCAGUGUCUCUGGUGGAUCAGUGAUCCUGCAGAGUCCUGUCCUCCCUGUGAUGGAGGGUCAUGACCUCACUCUGAGCUGUCAAUCAAAGACCCCUCCCUCCAACCCCUCAGCUGCUUUCUAUAAAGAUGGCUCCCUCAUCAGGACUGAGCCUACAGGUCACAUGACCCUCCAGCAUGUUUCCAGGUCUGAUGAAGGUCUCUACAAGUGUCACAUCAGGGAUCAUGGAGAGUCUCCAUCCAGCUGGAUCUCUGUCUCAGAGAGACCAUCAACCACCUCUGCUCCUUCAACCACGUCUGCUCCUGGUUCUCCUGGUUCUCCUCUCCUCCACAUCCUGUUACCUGCUACCUGUGUUGGUUCUGUGGUUCUCCUGAUGUCUUUGGUUCUAUUUCUGUGGAAAUGUUUUCAACAGAAAUCUAGAGAAGAACCGCCUCCUGAUGACAUCACUUACAGCCACGUCAACACCAGAUCAGCUGGUUCUGGACCUCCACCCAGCAGAGAUCCUCCAUCAGAUCCAAUCAUCAUCUACUCAACUCUGAGAUAAUCGUCUCUUCUGAGAAUCUUCUGGACUCAAACUGAUCCUCUCAGAUCCUGAACCAGAUAAUUUUUCCAUGUAAGAAUGUUUAAAUGUUUAUAUUUGAAUCAUAAAAUCUUUAUUGAUACAGACAUUGUGUUCUAAUGAACGAUUCUGUUGUAAAUGUUUGUCCUGAGAUGAAUAAAGCUUGUAGUGAGGAGUUUGUGUGAUCUGA